CUCUCCGCAAACAUCCGUUGUCUGUGCUUGCCAUGAACUGACCAGGUCGUUAAUUUAUACUCCGUACCCUUCAUCAUAUAGAUCAUUGCGGUCUUUUGAUUCAAUUUUUUUCCCUUCAAGACAACUAUAUAUACACCCGAGUGACGCACCCAGAUAGAUCGCAUUCGGAUAUCGCCGCGAUAAACCGCCGGAUUACAUCCAGUCAUCCUCCACCUGUCUAGUACUGCACCACCACCACACAUCUCCACCACCCCUCCGUUCCUCAACCACCUACACCACUCCCACCACACAUCCCAGACAAAGACAGCAAUGACCGACUCAAUACUUCCCAAUGGAGCCACCGUCGCCGCAACCCUCACGACACCACCCACCACCAACCAUCACCACCACCAGCACCCCACCAUAACAUCCUCGCCAGCCCCUCCAACCGCAUCAGACCAAUUCCCCCCUUCCACCACAGCCUCUCUCUCCACAAUCAUCGCCGACUGCCACCACAAAGUCCACAGCUUCCUCUCGGAAUCCCACCCCCCGGACUCCCUCCUCUCCGCCGUGCAAGCCCAAACCCGCAUCUCCCUCGACGUCGUCUCCACCGCCCUGCACCGCUACUCCCUCUCCGAACUCGCCCUCUCCUACAACGGCGGAAAAGACUGUCUCGUGCUCCUCGUCCUCUUCCUCGCCAGUCUGCAUCCCCACCCGGCCCCCGAAGACGGCGGCCUCACCUCCAUCCCCGCCAUCUACGCCCUCCCCCCAGACCCCUUCCUCGACGUCGAGGAAUUCGUCCAAUGGUCCUCCCGCGCAUACCAUCUCAACGUACUGAAGUAUACGACGGACCCGCCUCGGACAACAAUCAAAUCCACCUUUGAGGAUUAUCUGUUUGUGAAUCCCGGCGUCAAGGCCAUCUUUGUCGGGACGCGCCGCACCGAUCCUCAUGGUGCCAAGUUGACGCACUUCGAUCGCACUGAUAGUGGUUGGCCCGAUUUCGUGCGCGCGCAUCCCGUCAUUGAUUGGCAUUACGCGGAAAUCUGGGCUUUCAUUCGUCAUCUGGGUCUGAGGUAUUGCUCCCUCUAUGAUCGAGGAUAUACCAGCUUGGGCGGGACCGCCGAUACGCACCCCAACCCUAAGCUGCGGGUGGAAAGCACUGGCCAGGAGGCGCCUCUGCAGCAGUAUAAGCCCGCUUACGAACUGACCGAGGAUCUGGAGGAGCGGUUGGGCCGCAAUUGAUCCUCGCAGUCAAUAUAGACCACCCCAUUGUUCCACUCAUAGUUACCCAUUCCUGGGUCACUGCAUCGUAUAUAGAACUGUUGGGGCCCAUCACAUGUAUUCUCCUCUUCAUAUACUUCCACUCAUGAGCGGCCCACCUCUUGUCUUAUUCUUACUCCGAUUUUCAUACGAUAGACAAUUACACCAACUGCAUGGCUUCAACCCCGGGCAGGGUUACUUUGGGUGCGGUGAUACCUUCGAUCGCAGUUACACAACUAUCAUUAACAAACUGUAGACUGCACUGGUGACUUGUUGGGAAGAGCUACAUAUGCGCGGUUAGACAAAUGCAGAAAUACCAC